AUGGCUGGAGAUCAUGGAGUUGGUGUCGAGAUGGUUGAAAAUGGAAAGCCGGAGGCUACGGUCAUUCCAGAAUUCUCUCAAGACGAGAUCAAUAUGGAAAAAAGGAUCGUACGCAAGAUCGAUAAGCGCCUUCUUCCUACUACUGCCAUCGUUUAUCUUUUGUGCUAUAUCGACAGGUCGAACAUUGGUACAUCCCCCAUUUCUUUUAUCUCUGAGAAUUGCAAUGCCAAAAUCCUCAACUCUGCGACAGGCGAUGAUAUUCUUCAAACAAACAACAUCACAAGCUAUCAGUUCACUGUGGCUCUUAUGCUCUUCCUCGUCGCUUACUCAGUCUUCGAGGCCCCAAGUAAUCUCGCAUUGAAAGUGUUUUCACCACGAAGAUGGCUAGCUUUCCUCGUUGUUGCCUUCGGAACUUUCUGUGCAGGAAUCGGCGGUACGACUAAUGCUGCCGGCGUUACCGCGCUUCGAUUCUUCCUGGGUGCCGCUGAAGCUGGUGUCUUCCCCGGUAUGAUCUAUUACUUCAGUUUCUGGUACCGCCCGGAAGAACGGGCUUCUCGCAUUGCCGCAUUUCUGUGCAGUGCCACUCUUUCAGGAGCAUUUGGAGGAUGUAUCGCUUAUGGCGUCGGUCACAUGAACGGAGCUGGUGGUCUAGAGGCUUGGAGAUGGCUUUUCAUCCUAGAGGGCUUACCAUCCAUUGUUGCGGGAGUUUUGAUCUUUUUCUUUCUACCCAGCUACCCCGAACAUGUGGGCUGGUUGACCGAAGAGGAGAAGCAGUUACAAGUCCGAAGAAUGGGCAUUCAUAGUCUUGCAAGCGAGGAGAAAAUUAGCUGGAAAGACGCCAAGGUGACGCUUACCACAGCACGAUUCUACUUUCACUAUCUCGCCUAUUUCGGAAUUGGUAGCGGUGUUGCCUCUCUAUCUCUGUUCUCACCUACUAUCGUGGCUGGCCUGGGCUAUAAGAACCUGGAUGCUCAACUAUACACGGUUCCCCCGUACGCCAUCGCUUAUGUUGUGACGCUGGUCGCUGCAUGGAUGGCAGACAAGUACAAGACCCGCGGUCUUGUAGCUGGCACGUCUUUCGUCGUGGCAUCUCUCGCCUUUAUCAUAUCUGCGGCACUACCAGGUGAGGCGUUCAAAGCCCGCUACGCUCUCCUGUGCAUAGCAACAAGCGGCGUGUUUGGCGGUUUACCACCUUUGUGCGCAUGGGUGGGCGACAACAGCCGGACAACGACCGCUGGAGCAUUAGCAACUGCCCUCAACGUCGCCCUAUCUGGCCCUGGACAGAUAAUUGGCGUAUGGAUAUACCGUGCUAAGGACGCCCCAGUCUACAGGUUGGGCCAUGGUGUCAAUGCUGCUCUUGUUGGGAUGAGUGCCAUUGUUACUUUUGGGCUGUCGUUCCACUACCGUAGAUUAAAUGCGAAAAUGGCUGGGACGAAUGAGUUACGUUGGAUGCCUUGA